AGAUAUGCCAGGAAGAGAACCUCACCCAGAUUGAUGAAGAUGAUGGUCAAACAAAGGAAAUUCAGCUAUCACUUGCUUUGUGCUACUGAGAAGAUAACCCAUAUUGCCUUUUCUGAUGAUUUGAUGCUUUUCUCUAGAGGAGACGUCACCUCGGUUACAGUCUUGGCAGAUGCUUUUAGACACUUCUCUCAAGUUUCUGGACUUCAUGUUAACCCACAUAAGUCUAACAUUUAUCUUGCAGGUGAAAUAAAGGACAAUAAAGAUGAUAUUUUGAACGUGGUGCAAUUCCCUGUAGGUAAACUACCUGUCAGAUACCUGGGCUUACCACUCACAUCUCAAAGGGCUUCUGAAAGGGACUUUGCCCCCCUUAUUGCUAAAGUGGAGCAGAAUAUACAUAGAUGGAAUUCCAAGACAUUGUCCCGGGUAGGGAAAGUGGAGCUGAUUAAGAGUGUCAUACAAGGAAUUCAGAGUUUUUGGCUUCAAGCCUUUUCAGUCCACAAGUCUGUGCUUAACAGGAUUACUACUAUUUGCAGAACUUUUCUUUGGGGAAGUAAAUUUUUAAAGGUUGCUUGGUCUGAUAUUUGUAAGCCCACUGAAGAAGGAGGAUUGGGACUUAGAGAUUCCUACACCUGGAACCAAGCUUUUCUGGUCAAGAACCUUUGGAAUAUUGCCUCUAGGAAGGAUACACUGUGGGUAAAAUGGGUCCAUUCAGUUUAUCUUAGAGGUAGAGAGAUCUUGAGCUAGACACCUAAGAAGGAUGAUUCACACCUCUUCAAAAGGUUGUCCAUUGCUAGAGACACCAUGAUUAAGAAAUGUGGGGGGCUUGAUAACAUUGAAGAGUACAUGCAGGGUCUGUGUCACAAUAGGGCCUUUAACACCUCCAAGGCUUAUGAUAACCUCAGAAAUAGAAACCCUAUUAAGCCAUGGAUGAAGUUCUUCUGGCAGGCCUACAUUCCCUCUAGAUUUUCAUUCACCACUGGAUAGCUUUGCGUAGGCACCUACCCACCAAAGUUAACCUACCCUUUGUGGAAAUAGAAACUAGGAACUGUAGUCUUUGUCAUAUGGAACUGGAAACCUCUGAGCACCUUUUCUUCUCUUGCCAUAUCAGCUCACAGGUUUGGAAUGGGAUCAAGUAGUGGCUUAACAUUGAUGCUUCACUCUCCAGAAUAAAAAGAGCCAUCAAGUGUCUAAGGAGGCAGCAUACUGGACACAACAACAGGAAGAAGUUUUGUAGAUUGGGAACUAUGAGUGUCAUUUACCACAUCUGGAAGAUGAGGAACAGUGUGCAAUUUGAUAAUCAUGCUGUGGAUGUUCAGAAGAUAAUUUAUAUGAUCAAGUUGAGCAUGUACAAGAUUAUGUUUAGGUUGUUCCCCUCUAGCCUAACCACUUUGACUUAGAGGUGGUUG